GCAGAUCCCCUUUACCGCUGUCCGCUGUAUCUUUUUCCUCACACAGCAUGGAUCCUUUCUACAACUUUAUUUCGGUGUUUUAGAGUUGGUUUGUGUUUGGCUUUGGGAAUAAGGGACUUCGUUACCUCUUCUGGACACCAUGUUUACCACCACCGGCUCUCGGGGGCUGUACAAGGCUCCUCUGUCUAAAGGCCUACUACUGGUUCUCAAUUGUCUGACUGUGAUGCUCACCCUGCUGCCUCAGUACCAGGAGCUGUUCGUAUACACUCUGCAGGUCACACAGCACCAGGUGUGGAGGUUGUUGUUUGGCAGGCUGAUCUGUCUGGACGUGAAGGACGCCUUCUGUAGCAGCCUGCUCAUCUACAACUUCAGAAUCUUUGAGAGGAGAUUUGGAACCAGGAAGUUCGCUUCCUUCCUGUUUGGCACGUGGGUUCUCUCUGCGCUGAUGGACUUCCUGCUGGCUCAGGCUUUCCAGUUUCUGUUUGACUAUGAGGUGGAGGAACUGCCCGCAGGACUGAUCGCUCCGGUCUUCUCUCUGUUCGUGCCUUUCUACCGGCUGAUCCCCAGCAUGCCGGUCACCCAGGUCCUGGGCCACAUCCACAUCACCAACAAGUCUCUGGUCUACAUAGUAGGCUUGCAGCUGUUGACGUCCGGUCCCUUCAUGUGGCUCGUUGCACUCAGUGGACUUAUCUCAGGCGGACUGUACCACUCCAAUUUCCUGUGGAUGCAGAAGCUCCUCUUUGUACCUGCCUGGGUGUCUUGUAUUGGGCGGUAUAUUCUAGAGCCUCUCUUUUCAACCUCCCAGCCGAGCAGUGAGACCCCUGUGGGGAUGGGGGCCACUCUGGACAUCCAGAGGCAGCAGAGGAUGGACAUUCUGGACCAGCAGCUGAUGUUGGCCCAAUACAACGAGUCCACGAGGAACACCAGGCCACAGCCACAGCCACAGCCUGGGUUCUUACAGUGGACCAGGUUGUUCCCCUCCCUCAGGCAGAGAGGACCGAACCGCCCCCCGAUGCAGCCCCGCCCCCAGGCUGAGGCUCCACCCUCCACACAGUCUCCGCUGCUGGACAACUCUCCUGUGGCCGAGGAGCAGGUUGCCCUGUUGGUGGAAAUGGGCUUUACCAGGACAGAUGCCCUGGAGGCCCUCAGAGCUUCAAACAACGACAUAAACAUGGCAACCAAUUUCCUCUUGCAACACUGAGAGAGUGAGAGAGCAAACAGAGGAGGACAGAGAAAGAAAUCAGGAAGAGGAGAAACCAAAGGAGCGAAAAGCAACACGGAGGAAAUGAAAGACAGUGAAUGAUGGACAAAUUGUACAGCCUGUGUCACUGCUCGCUGAAGCAGUUGUCAGGCUGACUCAACCUGAACCAAUUCCGAUAUCAGGCUGAUUAAUGAAGAGGUGUGAAGCACAAGCUGGGAGACAUUUGCGUCAUAGCUUUCUGAAGGCCGCUGUAGUGUGAAACAGGCGUCAUAGCUCAAGGCAGACGAGUUACACCUCUAUAUCUGAGGGGUUUCCUGGGAAAAAUAUACGGCAGUGAAGAGAAUAUGAGGUGAUUAUUUCCUUGAGGCUGAAGCACAGGAAUCAGCUGCCAUCCCACUUACAGCUGUUGGAAAUAACAUUUUAUAAAACCCACUGUCCUGUAAUGACACUCUACUUUCAAAACGGCUUACCAUCAGAAACAGUUUUAUUGCCAAGUAGGUUAACACAUUUGCUUUGGUGUUUAACUAGCAUCUUAGACCCUGAUUACUGCUAAGAAAUGAUCAAUAUGACAACGAAAAAGAGCAUUUCAAAUGGAUUUGAUUAAAAAAUUCAUCCACACAGUUGUUAUUUCCUUUUGCAGUGUUUCAUAGAAGUUGCAGGGCUCCACCCUUUCCUGCGUGCGAUGUUUUAACAAAGCCUCACUGACAGUAACUGUAGGAGCCACUUCUCUCCAUUCGUCCCUCUAAAAGUACAUUGUGGGUGACAGACAGCUAUCUCAGGGUCUUUGAUGCGACUUCUUCCAAAAAUGACAAUCAUAUUUACAGAUAUGGGUGCCCAUACGUAAACAAAGUAUCCAUUUUGAGGAGGAGGUCAUGUUUCACACUCUUGUUUCUGUAUGACGUCAUUUCAUGCACUCACUCCCCAGGUUUUAUUUAUUCUGUCUUAAAGGUGGGGUAGGUAAUUUUGGAGAAACCAGCUCGAGUGCGCUAGAAUUUGAAAAUACACAGCCGGAAAAAUUUGGUCGUGCUUUUUACAGUAUUACGGCUUCCACAGAUGAAAUUCUUUUAUGGAUUUUUUGUCAAAGCACUUAAGAUAUUCAUUGCUAUCGGGAUGUUAAGAGCAUUCCAUGGAAUAUAACAAAAAGUGUAUCACAAGCCGGUUUCUCAAACUUACCUACCCCACCUUUAACUGAGUUUGAGUCUUUUCUCUACCAGCACACAUGUCUGGAUAUUGUUAAGUCUUAAAAGGCUGGUGAUAUUUAUUAUGCAAUAUCAUGACAAGAGACAUUUAUGGAGACUAUGUACGGCAUAGUUUCUACUUUGUGUAUAUAAACAUGCAAACAUGUGCGAGAGAAGAAACAUUGCAGCCACUGUGUAUUGAUGUCAAAGACAGAUGCUAGUUUUAUAUUUUGUGCGUAAUUAUUAAUAAUAUAUGACCACUGAGAUGAGUCUGUCAUUUCUGUGUAUGUAUUCUAAGAGUGGUAUAAUAGUAUAUGGGUGUGAUGAGGAAGUUGUUGCAUGGACAACUUUCUGGUGAAUUGUAAUGAAUCAUUUGAUCUGAAGAAUAAAUCAAAUGUCAAACACAA